GUAUUGAAGUCCUUUGAAACCCCUACGUGGUAAUGGUGUGAUCUGGACUUACAGCGUCCUCAAUGUCACGUUGUGUGUUGUAGCUCGCUGUCUGAGGGCGAAGCCGCCGUUUCCGAGUCUUUAAUCAUGUUUACAUUAAACUGUGUGAGGAGUCUGUGCCGACACGUGGCUGCGAACGCCACCGGAAGUGCUGUAUGUAGAAACGUUGGACUGCAGAGGACUUUAUGUAGCAGCUCUGUGAGACAUCAGGGAGCUGCAGACUCUGAGAACACAUCCAAAGACUUCAGCCAGCUUCCUCCACUCCCCGGUCAGGAGAGUUCACUCCGAUGGGGAGGAAAGAAGUUUGAAGAGUUACCGAUCGUUCACAUUAAAGCCACCUACAACAACACACACAUCCAGAUGACGGACAGCGUAGGAGAGUCUCUGGUCAGGACGUCCUGUGGAACCGAAGGCUUCAAGAACAUCAAGAAGUCGACGCCAGUCGCCGCUCAGACUGCAGGAAUCUCAGCUGCCUCGAAAGCCACAGCGAAGGGGGUGACGUUUGUCCGAGUCGUCAUCAAAGGUAUCGGUCCAGGACGUCAGUCUGCGAUCCAAGGCCUGACGAUGGGCGGCCUGGAGGUGGUAUCGAUCACUGACAACACCCCCGUGCCGCACAAUGGAUGCCGCCCACGCAAAGCCAGAAGGACUUGAGCUCAGCGGAGACAGCAUGCAGGAGGAGGAAGAAGCAGGAGGACGGCGUGCGUUAUGUGUAAUAUGCUAAUAAAGUGUUUUGUUAUGUAACUCUG